CGGCUGGGAGGCCCAUAAGAGCGCGGCGGGGUGCAGCGCCCCGCACUUCUCCCUCCGGCCGCCUCCAGUCGCCCCCAGCGCCGCCAAGCAGCAUGACCGAGCGCCGCGUGCCCUUCUCGCUCCUGCGGAGCCCCAGCUGGGAGCCCUUCGCCAACUGGCCCUCGGCACACAGCCGCCUCUUCGACACGGCCUUCGGGCUGCCGCGGCUGCCCGAGGAGUGGUCGCAGUGGCUCGGGUCCAGCGGCUGGCCCGGCUACGUGCGCCCGCUGCCCGCGGCGCCCGUGGACUGCGCCCCGGCCGUGGCCGUGGCCGCGCCCGCGCCCGCCUACAGCCGCGCGCUCAGCCGGCAGCUCAGCAGCGGCGUCUCGGAGCUCCGACACACGGCUGACCGCUGGCGCGUGGCCCUGGACGUCAACCACUUCGCCCCCGAGGAGCUGACGGUCAAGACCAGGGACGGCGUGGUGGAGAUCACCGGCAAGCACGAAGAGAGACAGGACGAACACGGCUACAUCUCCCGCUGCUUCACUCGCAAAUACACGCUGCCCCCCGGUGUGGAUGCCGCCCAGGUCUCCUCCUCCCUGUCUCCCGAGGGCAUGCUCACCGUCGAGGCCCCCAUGCCCAAGCCCGCUACCCAGUCGUCUGAGAUCACCAUCCCCGUCACCUUCGAGUCAAGAGCCCAGCUCUCAGGCCCGGAAGCUGGGAAAUCCGAGCAAGCUGCCGCCAAGUGAACAGCUCUCAGGGACCACUGCCCACCCCCACCCCAGGAACCUGUCCCUUCCCGCCCCAGCCUCAUUGCUCUUUUGAUACGUCCCUCUUCCGUUUUUCUCAAAUAAACUUGGAUGCAC